GGCUGCACUGAUAGGCGGCACUGGUGGGAACUGAUAGGCGGCACUGAUGAGCACUGCUGGACACUGACUGGCGGCACUGCUGGGCACAGACUGGCCGGCACUGAAUGGGCACUGAUGGGUGGCAUUGAUGGGAGGGCACUGCUGGGCACUGGUGGGUGACUCUGAUGGGCACAGGUGGGUGGCACUACUAGGCACUGAUGGGCACAGGUGGGUGGCACUGCUGGGCACUAAUGGGCACAGGUGGGUGGUACUUUCCUGUCACAGAGUGAGGAAAGUGCAG